AGAGAGAGAGAGAGAGAGAGAGAGAGAAUGUUUUAAUAGUUUUUUGUAAUGUAUAUCGUAUGGUCAGUACCAUAAUAUAGGAAAGAAAAGAAAGAUGUGAAUAUGUGAAUUCUUGUAAAAAAAAAUAGCUUUCUCUCCUUUUCUUUUCUGUACCUUCUAAUUCCUUCGUGUUCCCUUUCUCAAUUCUUCAUAUCUUUCAUCCUUCUGUUGACGUGUAUUGAAGCUCCUCGUCCUGUCCCAGCCUUCCAGAACCCUCUUGGCGAUCUCCCUGUGGAUGCUCAUUGUCUUCACCGCCGGCGACAUUAUAGUCGGCGGGGGGACCAGUACCGACUUUUCUGACUCUUCUAACGACUCUGACGACUCUAAUGACUCUGAUGACUUCUGGAGAACCAGAGGCUUCGUGGUCAACAGAGGCUUCGGCAGAGGUAUCUGGCGCGGCGGCAGCAGCUCCUACGGUGACGUCGACGGCUAUAGCCUUGGCAACGGCAGAAUUGUGCACGGUAGCAGCCACGGCGGCGGAUAUGGUGGCGGCCACGGCGGCGGAUAUGGUGGCGGCCACGGCGGCGGAUAUGGUGGCGGCCACGGCGGCGGAUAUGGUGGCGGCCACGGCGGCGGAUAUGGUGGCGGCCACGGCGGCGGAUACAGUGGUGGCAACGGCGGCGGUCAUGGUGGCGGCAACGGCAGAGGAUACGGUGGCGGCAACGGCGGCGGUCAUGGUGGCGGCGUCGUUGUCGGUGGCCACGGCGGCGUCGUUCUUGGUAGCAACAGCCAGAGCUUCGAGAGCUUGGAUUUCGACAGUUUCGGAGACUACUCUGACAACUCCGGUUUUUCCGGCAGCUUUGAAGACGGUUUCCUCCCUGGCGGCUUCGUGGCCAACAGAGGUGUCGGCAGAGUCAUCGGCGGCGGCAGAGGUAUCGGGGUUGGCAGGAACUCUUACGGUGACGUCAACUCCUACAGCCUUGGAAGUGGCACAGUUGUACACGGCGGCAGGCACGGCGGCCAUAUCGUUGUUGGCGGUCACGGCGGCGGUCAUGGUGGCGGCGACGGCGGCAGGCACGGCGGCCAUAUCGUUGUUGGCGGUCACGGCGGCGGUCAUGGUGGCGGCGACGGCGGCGAAUACGGUGGCGGCAACGGCGGCGUCGUUGUUGGUGUUCACGGCGACGGUCAUGGUGGCGGGGACGGCGGCGGAUACGGUGGCGGCAACGGCGGCGUCGUUGUCGGUGGUCACGGCGACGGUGAUGGUGGCGGGGACGGCGGUGGAUACGGUGGCGGCAACGGCGGUGUCGUUGUCGGUGGUCACGGCGACGGUCAUGGUGGCGGGGACGGCGGUGGAUACGGUGGCGGCAACGGCGGUGUCGUUGUCGGUGGUCACGGCGACGGUCAUGGUGGCGGGGACGGCGGCGGAUACGGUGGCGGCAACGGCGGCGUCGUUGUCGGUGGUCACGGCGACGGUCAUGGUGGCGGGGACGGCGGUGGAUACGGUGGCGGCAACGGCGGUGUCGUAGUCGGUGGUCACGGCGACGGUCAUGUUGGCGGGCACGGCGGCGGAUACGGUGGCGGCAACGGCGGCGUCGUUGCCGGCGGCCACGGCGGCAUCGUUGCCGGUGGCCACGGCGGCAUCGUUGCCGGCGGCCACGGCGGCGUCGUUGCCGGCGGCCACAGCGGCAUCGUUGCCGGCGGCUACGGCGGCGUUGUUGCCGGCGGCCACGGCGGCAUCGUUGCCGGCAGCCACGGCGGCGUCGUUGCCGGUAGCAACAGCCAGAGCUUCGAGAGCUUGGAUUUCGACAGUUUCGGAGACUACUCUGACAGCUCCGGUUUUUCGGGCAGCUUUGAAGACGAUUUCCUCCCUGGCGGCUUCGUGGUCAACAGAGGUGUCGGCAGAGUCAUCGGCGGCGGCAGAGGUAUCGGGGGUGGCAGGAACUCUUACGGUGACGUCAACUCCUACAGCCUUGGAAGUAGCACAGUUGUACACGGCGGCAGGCACGGCGGCCGUAUCGUUGUUGGCGGUCAUGGUGGCGGAAACCGUGGCGGCAACGGCGACGUCGUUGUUAGAGGCCUUGGAGGCGGCCGCGGUGGUUACAACUCCAACAUCGUGGUGGGUGGCGGCGUGGUGACUGGAGGGAGAGUGUUCAACGGCAAGCAUUUCGGAAACCUGCGUCGCGGGCGGUACGGCGGCCAUUCCCAGAACCAUGGCCUGUACCCCAACGAGUACGUGACCGGCAUCUCUUCCGCCCACCUGCUGGACGCCUACUAUGACGUGAACUCCGGCUACGGCGCCAACACUGGCUUCGACCUGACCUCCCUGGGCGGUCCCUAUGCCUCGCUCAGGCACCACCUGGUGGGCCGCAAUCCAGUACACCCUGGCAGCGUGGUCGUAACGCGUUCCAACCCCCAUGCCGGCCCCUUGGUGGUGAGAGGUGUGCACCCUGGCAACGGGGGCGCGGGAGGCUACGGUUACAAGAAAAAAUAACUGUAUUCUUAUUUAUUACUAUUCAAUAAAAUACUCUAUGUU